AUGGGUUUCGUGAGCGGCCGACACAUGUUGCCGGGUGACCGCUACCGAGAUGACCAGCGUCGAGAUGACCGCCGUCGUGAUGAAGACAGAAGAAGAGAUGAUCGUGAAUAUCACUCUAGUUCUCGCAGCUCAAAGAGAUCUCGUUCGGAUUCCAGAGAUGAUUCGUGGAGGAAACGCCGGUCCAGCUCCGGUGAUUAUGAUAUCGAAGCUGAACGCCGCCGGAUAGCUGAAUCUAACGCGAGGAUUGAACGUCAACAACGUAAAGACCGAGAACGAGAAGAAGAAAGCAAACGUCGAAAGGAAGCUGAGAAUCGUAAACAGCGUAAAUCCAAAAAGAAAAGUAAAGCGCCUAAGUCAAAACCUGAUUCAAGUACAAGUACGAACACCGCCCCUCCACCCCCGAUUAAUCCGCCUGUGCAAAACGAACCAGCGAAGAAAAAGAAAAAGAAGAAGAAGAAAUCAUCUGAUAAAACUUCCGAACAACCUGAACCGACUAGUCAACCUGCACCGACUCAUCAACCUGAAUACGUUGAAGUUACUCCUGAAUUACGUUCAAUAAUUAAUGUUCCUGAAAACGCUACGAAUUUGGAAAAGGAAGACCUACUUGGACGUUUGACUAGCCUGAGUGUUUUGGGACAACAAGCUGCAACGAUGCUGAAUAACCUGAAACGAAAAGCUGAACCCGAAUCCAUACCUGAACCCCGAAUUUUGAAGAAAAGAGCUCCAACUCCGAAACCAUCCGUUAGCGACGCUAGUGAUAAUGAAGUCAGCGGAAAUGAAAAGAAUGAGAAGUCGAAUUCAGAAGAGAGUUCAGAUAGCUCGGAUGAAGAAGAAGACGAAGAGAAAGAUGAUAGCUCCGACUCGGAUUCUGAUUCAGAUUCUGACUCGAGCUCCGACGACGAAAGCGAUAAUGACAAAGGAGGGAGCGGAGCGGGUGGAACUAGCAACCACUCCUCCCCUUCUGACUCACCUCCCGAACCAUCGAAGCAGAAAGAAAAGACAAAGGAAAAGUCAAAGGAGAAGAAGAAGACGAAAUCAAAGAAAAAGAAGAAAAAUCAAUCGUUUAACCCGAAUAUGUUUCGAAGCCAGCAUGAAUCACGAACGAUUCUUACCAAAACUACCCGAAUUGAUACUUGGUAUAAGAUGCUGGAAAUGGAUGCGAAAAUCUAUCAGAUCGAUAUACACAAACGGAAAACCGAAAAGAAAGCUGCUAAGAUCGAAGAAGAACAGCUGAUGAACCUCGUAUUGCACAGGCUGGACCCCCACUACCUACCCCGAGUAACUUGUAUCUCUCCAGUUGAGAAAGUAAUUGAAAAAUUGUUUGAGAUAAGGCGAACCGAACGCAACGUGAGUCGUUCAUCGGUAAAGUCUGAGUUCAACAAACUCACUCUCGUAAGAGGUGAAAAGUUGGACGAUUUCUUCAACCGAUUGGACGAGUUAUUACUCGAUUAUAAAAUGCAAACCAAAUCCGAAAUACCCGAAUCUGAUGUCUACGAUCGUUUAGUUGAGGCAACUGAAAAUAUUUACCCGAACGUUAAGACAAUUUUAAAAGCCCGAGGUUUGAAUCAACCUUCCAUACCUGACCUGAAAAUUCUAUUGUUGCAGGAAGAAUCCGAAAAGUACCGGAAGCCGGAAGAGGCAAACCUGGCGUAUUACCGAAACCCGAAUCCCCGACCGGCUCCACCGUUCAACGCUGCCCACGUAGCCCGACCGCCGCCGCAUAAUUGUUACAAUUGCAGCAGUCCGCAUCAUUAUGUUUGGGAAUGCCCGGACUGGGACAAAGGCCCGAGAUGCUUCAAAUGCGGAGAGUGGGGACACCGAAGCAAGGACUGCCCGAACGAAUACAGGGAUUAUAGAUCAGGUAAACAACACCGAAGUAACCGUAGACCUUUCCGUCCCCGAAAUCCAAAAUUCCGCCCGAGAAAUAACUACCGAGAUCGUCGCCCGAACCAGUAUUCGAGGAACAAUAGAAACUAUCGUAAUGAUAGGGGCUAUUAUUCCAAGAAAAACUGGCAGACUGACAGACGAAAGCCACCGAAGUCAAAUUGGAGGAAAAAGGGAAAAGGCUAUCAAGGAAAUAAAGACCCGAAGAAACCAAUCCCGAAGAAAGAGCCGAAAACCGUAACUGAAAGUAUGAUCUCAGCUGAACGGAUGGUUGGCUUGAAGAAAAAGCGCGACGCUAUGCCCGACUACCCGAAUAAUAAUAAAUUGUCACAUCAUCGUGAUCAGUAUUACGACGAAAAUUCCCGACAUCACGACGAUCAUUCCAGGCAUCGAAAUCGCGACUACGAUUCUGAUAAUCGACGUUCCCGAUUUUCACCCGACAGACGCGAUCAACGCCGCGAAGACCGCCGAUCACCGAAUCGCAACCCUGAUAACGUGAAAGUCACCCAUCAGCAAGCGCCAGCGCCGGAAGUGACACCACCCGAACAAGCGUUACAAGCGCUGAGCCUGAACAAACCUGAACCGAUGGAGACCAGUGAAAGUGAUCCGUAUAUGGAUUUUCUCCAGAUUGAGUUCCCGAAGUUGCCAGUGAACGAGAUGAGCCCAACGGCGAUAGCUGAAGUUCACAAUAAAAUUCACCAGCUCGAACAUUGGCUAUCGUGUUUGAAAAAGAGUCUGGAUUUACGUGUCCAGAUGCUAAAUGUCGAAGAGGAAGCUGCGCGUGAAGUUAUUCCGUUAUUUCCAUCCAAUAACCCGAUCCCGAUUCCGCUGAUGGACGCUUUAGGGCCGGUUAUUUUGAACCACCCUCCCGUACCACCCCCGACUAGUCACACCAGCGGCUCAAGCACGAAAACGACACCGGAAAAACGGCAACCGACUAAAGCCGAAUUGAAAGACGACGAGCCGUUUGUACAGAAAUCAGCGAAGAAAUUUACCGAGCCAAAACCUGAUGCCGGAAGAACACCGCUAAAGAAAUUCGCGGACAAUACGUUCAACCCGAAGGCUGAGGCGAAAACACCAGCAAAAACUGAUUCGAAACCGAAAACUGGACCUGAAUUUAGGAAGAGUACACGACCGCGCCGAAUUACGCCGCCCUUUCCGAACCGGAAUUUCCCGAUUCAUCCGAAUGGUUUUAAACCUAUGCCGAGGGUUAGGGUGACCCUUAAAAUGCAAAAGUAA